GCGCGCUCGGGGCCGGGCUGCGGAGCAGGAGCGCAAUCUCCAGCUGGACGCUAGCGAGGAGAGCCGCUGCCGCCCGCUCCUGUUCGCCGCGCGAGGCCCCCAGCCCUCGCGGCCAGUGAUCAGAUCCAGCCAUGAGCUACCCAGGCUACCCCCCACCCGCUGGCGGCUACCCUCCAGCUGCACCAGGUGGCGCUCCCUGGGGAGGUGCUGGCUACCCCCCGCCCAGCAUGCCCCCCAUUGGGCUGGAUAAUGUGGCCAACUACGCUGGACAGUUCAACCAGGACUACCUUUCGGGAACGGCGGCCAGCAUGUCCGGGACCUUCGGAGGAGCCAACGUCCCAAACAUGUACCCAGGGGCCCCAGGAGGUGGUUAUCCUCCAGUUCCCCCUGGGGGAUUUGGGCAGCCCCCGUCUGCCCAGCAGCCUGUUCCUCCUUAUGGAAUGUACCCACCCCCUGGAGGAAACCCACCCACUGGGAUGCCUGCAUAUCCGCCAUACCCAGGGGCCCCUGUGCCAGGCCAGCCCAUGCCGCCCCCUGGGCAGCAGCCCCCAGGGGCCUACCCUGGGCAACCACCAAUGACCUACCCUGGGCAGUCGCCGAUGCCACCUCCUGGGCAGCAGCAGCAGCCAGUGCCAAGCUACCCUGGAUAUGCAGGGUCUGGGCCUGUCACCCCUGCCGUGCUCCCAGCCCAGUUUGGAAACCGAGGCACCAUCACAGAUGCUUCUGGCUUUGACCCCUUGAGAGAUGCUGAAGUCCUGAGGAAAGCUAUGAAAGGCUUUGGAACUGAUGAGCAGGCCAUCAUCGACUGCCUGGGGAGUCGCUCUAACAAGCAGCGACAGCAGAUUCUCCUGUCCUUCAAGACAGCUUACGGGAAGGAUUUAAUCAAAGAUCUGAAAUCUGAACUGUCAGGAAAUUUUGAGAAGACCAUCUUGGCUAUGAUGAAGACCCCCAUCCUCUUUGAUGCUUAUGAGAUAAAGGAGGCCAUCAAGGGGGCUGGCACCGAUGAAGCCUGCCUGAUUGAGAUCCUCGCCUCCCGCAGCAACAACCACAUCCGGGAACUGAAUGGAGCCUACAAAGCAGAAUUCAAAGUGUCCCUGGAGGAUGACAUUCGCAGAGACACGUCAGGGCACUUCCAGCGUCUCCUCAUCUCUCUUGCUCAGGGAAACCGGGAUGAAAGCACAAAUGUGGAUAUGUCACUCGUCCAAAGAGAUGUCCAGGACCUGUAUGCAGCUGGGGAGAACCGCCUGGGAACAGAUGAGUCCAAGUUCAAUGCAGUUCUGUGCUCCCGAAGCCGGGCCCACCUGGUGGCAGUUUUCAAUGAGUAUCAGCGAAUGACGGGUCGAGACAUUGAGAAGAGCAUCUGUCGGGAGAUGUCUGGGGACCUGGAAAAGGGCAUGCUGGCCGUGGUGAAAUGUCUCAAGAACACCCCCGCCUUCUUUGCUGAAAGACUCAACAAUGCCAUGAGGGGAGCAGGGACGAAGGACCGAACCCUGAUUCGCAUCAUGGUGUCCCGCAGCGAGACUGACCUCCUGGACAUCAGAUCAGAGUAUAAGCGCCUGUAUAGCAAGUCGCUGUACCACGACAUCACGGGAGACACCUCAGGGGAUUACCGGAAGAUUCUGCUGAAGAUCUGCGGGGGCAACGACUAAGCAUGAUUGGUGUCUGCCUGCUGGCAGUGGCAGUGCCAGGAAAAGGCCAAAACAAUGUCCAUCUAUUUCUAACCCACAAAACAAUCCCGGAGAUUUCCCAAUGUGGGCCUUCCACAGAGCCUCGGCCCCGUCCUCUGCCUGCCCCUCCUGACCGGCUGUCCUGUUCUUGUGCAGGACAAGGGUCAGGCUGAACUCUUGGGACAACUGUCACUCCCAUCCCUCACAGCCUUUUGCUGCUAACGUAGAUGUUUUAUUUCCAGGCCCAUGCAAUCAUUCCCUUUGCUGUGGCUGAGACUCUUGGCUUCAUUUUAAUCAUAUAAUUUUUAUAUUUUUAUUUAGGCAACUUUUUUUUUAAUAGUCAUCGCCAGACACAAGUCUCUUUGCUGCAUAUAUAUUUCACAUGGGAGAGGUUGGGUGGGGCAGCACCAUGUCCUCACUGAGAAAGGGGAAGAUCAUUACAGGGUGAUCUUCGCAUCUGGUGAGAAUGUGUCAUGGGCUUUGUUAUUGCCAAACAUACUCCUUUUUAGAGGGGAAAAAAAAGGCCAGAAAGUCAUCUGUUCCUUCUUUCGUGCAAAACCAUGAGAACAAAGCCAACUCCCUGCCAAUAACAGAGUUUCUUGUAAUUUGGAAUGUGCCUUAAACCUGAAUGUCGAUAGCCAAAAGCUGUUUCUAAAUUAAAGUCAGCCAGCGCUGGAACGUUCUAGAAAUGUUAUCCUGGUGCCAGCGUGUUUUCUUCUGCUUCGUGAUUCUGCCCUGCAGUUCAUGGGUUCCAACAUUAGUAGCCAGUGAAAACUUAUGUGACUUUAAAUAAAAGUUUGUGGUAGGAGACCCUGAGCAUAAGUAAUUUAUGGAACCUGGGUUUAAGUUCCCAAGAAGGGCAGUUUCUGAAAUUAUUCUGGAGACCCACACUGAAAGGGUGUGGAGACUUUGAUCAGAAACAGAUGCAGUGAAGUCCUCUGCAGGUGAGGUAGAGGACUGUGCUGUUCACCAUGUCCUGCAGAAGGGGGAUGAGUAGGAGGGUGUGUGCAUGACCACUGGGGCCAGAGAGGAAGGUGGGCACCAUGUGGUAGAAUUGAGAGUCCAAAAGUGCACCCAAAUGCCUGUGCUCUUUUGAUUUUUGACAAGUGUUUCAGGACCAUUUAGUGGGAGAGAAUAUUCUCCUCAACCAAUAAUAGAGGAACAACUGGCUAUCUAUAGGCAAAGGAAUGAUUUGGAUCCUUACUUCAUACCAUAUACAAAAUUUAACUCAAAGUAGAUCAAAAGAAAUAAAUGUAAGAGCUUAAGCUAUAAAGAUCUCAGGGUGGGGGAAAAGAGGAAUAAUAUUCAUGAAUUUGGCAGUGGAUUAUCAGGACAUACAUACCAAGUGCACAAGCAAUGAGAGGAAGAUAAGCAGAAUUUCAUCAAAACUAAAACUUUUGUUUCAAAGUAUACUGUAAGACAGCAAAAACACAACCUGUGUUUGUUUAUCUAUUUGUUUGUUUUUUUGUUUAUACAUGCACUGGGUACAGUCAGAAGCACGGGAGGGUGAGAGAAUUCACCAGAGCCAGAGCGGGGAGCAGAGCAGGCAGAAGGACCGAAGCACACUGCUGAGGGGAGCAGCGGGCGGCAGAAGAGGUCUGCACGCCAUGUGGGACCCUCCUCUGGUGGCCGGGGAGCAGCCGGGGAUCGAACCUGCGCUGCAGAGGCUGCGGGUAGCUUCGCAACCCAGCGCUCAACUGCUGUGCCACCGGGGAGGCCCACAACCUGUGUUUGAAUGGGACAAAAUAUUUGCAAGUCAUGUGCCUGAAAAAAGUCUUGUAUCUACAACACAAAGAAUUCUUUACAACUCGGCCACAGAAAGACAAUCCAGUUUUUAAAAUGGGCAAAGGACCUAAAUAGAUAUUUCUCAAAAUACAAAUGGCCAACGACCCCACGGAAAGAUAGCAUCGCUAGUCAUCAAAUAAAUGCAAAUUAAAACCACGAUGAGAUGCUCUUCUCACCUAAUACAUUGGCUAUAGUCAGACAGUUGUGUGCAUAACCACUGGGGCCAUUCAGUUUUUCAAUGUGGAAAAAUUGAAACCCUUGUGUGUAACCUUCUGAUCGGAAUGUAAAAUGGAACAGCUGCUUUGCAAAACAGUUUGGUGGUUCUUCAAAAAACAGUUACUAUUUGACUCAGCAAUUCCAUUCCAUUCCCUCUGAGAGAAAUGAAAACACGUCCAUGUAAAAAAAAAAAAAAUACAUCGAUGUUCAUAACAGCCACAAAUGACCUAAAUGCCCACCAGUUAUUGCGUAGAUGAAUAAAAUGUGGCACAUCCAUACAAUGGAACAUUAUUCAGUCAUAAAAGAGGAUGAAGUACUGACACAGGCUACAACAUGGACAGAGCUUGAGAAAAUGCUAAAUGAACAACGUCACAGAGAACCAUAUACUGUAUGAUUUCUUUUUAUAUGAAGUGUCUAGAAAAGGCAAAUCCAGAGAAAUACUACUGGUUUCCAAGAACUGAUCGGAGGGAGAAAGGGAAUGAACUGCCUAGUUAGGUACAGGGUUUCUUUUGGGAGUGAUGAAUAUGUUCUGGAAUUGGUCACGAGUGUACAACAUUGUGAAUCUACUGUAAGUUAUUGGAUCUGAAGUUUAAAAGUUGGAAUUUCAUGUUAUGUGAUUUUCACCUCAAUGGAAAAAUUUAAAGAACUUUAUAGUGUGCACACAAAUCCUCUGGAGAUCUCUAAACUGUAGAUUCUGAGUUAGGAGGUCUGGAUGGGUCCCCAAAUUCUUCAUUUCUGACAGGCCCCCCGGUGAUGGUGCUACUGCUCCUCCCUGGUCACAUGUAACAAGGCCACUCCAAGGGCCCUUCUGCUGUGUCAUCUUAAUUCUGGACCUUGGGUGACCCCCUCUGGUUAGCCCCUACUCUGUGGAAGCACAGCCUGCAAGGGCCUGAGUGUCUCAGGGGGUAGGAGCCAAAGGAGAAGGAGCCGUGGUUGUAGGGGUCACUGUCAGCAGACACGGGGGGUCAAAGGAGUAGCUUUUAUUGGGCACAGACUGAGGAGGGGUGUCCAGGGUGCACAGCGGCUCUGUCUCGGAGGGGAGCUGACGGGUAUCACUUCCAGCUGCUGGGCUUCUUGCUCCCCAGACUCAGAAGUGAUCUAGAAGAAAGGGGGCAGCCUUUGUAUCAGCCAGCAGCGGGUAUGAAGGCUCACUGCCCCCCCUCCCCGAUCUCCCUGAACUGUGUGCAGGGAACCAGGGCUCAAGGAAGGAGCAGGGCGGCACCCACCACUGCCCAAUGGGAGGGAUGCCAGUCUUCCCUGUAGACAUGGUGGUGGCACAGGAGUGGACCCUUGAGCUGAGGUGCAGGGAAGCGGCCUGGGGCUGUCAGGUGGUGCUGAGAGGGGAACUCAGCGUGAACAAAGCCAGUUCUUCCAGGAGCCCUGAUGCUGGGCUGUGACAACCCAGGGCUGGGAGAAGGGGCAGACGACUCUUGGGGUGAGCUAUGGGAAGCCUCAUUUCUGCUCCGAGGAGGAGCUGGAGCCUCUCUGGAUCAUUAGGGCCACCCUGUGCAGUGGAGCAGCCCCACCAUCCUGCAAGCCCUGCCCCAAAGGCUGUGGUCUCUGCUACCUGAGCUGCUCACCAUCUCCAAGGAGGUCGGGGGUCGGGCUGAGGGGACCCGGGGGCAGGUUCCAGGCCAGCUCCUCCAGCUGACCCAGCAGGCCUUUCACUUCUGCCUCCAGGUGCUCCACUGUCUUCUCCACCGUCUAGAGCAAGGAGAUAUGGGAUGGGAGCAAGGUGGGGACAGGCCGUCAGGAUGAAAGGUACCAAGUCUGCUUGAUUGGCCACAUCCCAAAGAUCAUCUGUUGAUGCAGCAGGGUGCAGUGGGGCGAGAACUGGGAGCCAGGGACCUGGGGGCUUCUCAUUCAGACUCAUCCCUCCCUGACUCUCAGCUUCCCGGGUGACAACAUCCUAGGACUCACUCCUGGCUUGGCACUCAGUCACAGGUUUGGCAUGAGCAACUCCAGGAUUCCUUUUUCCUCUUUAGGACAUCACCCCUGAGUACUCACAUUCCUUUUGUUGUCCCGCCCCCUGGCGGCAAUUCUGCCAAACGACAGGCUUCGGAUUUUGAAAUUUUCCUCAUUCAGAGCUCUACUUUUUCUUAACUUUUUAAAUGCAUGGGCCCUAUUAAUAGAACAGUGAAACCAGCAGACCUCUUUAAUUGAUAAAGGUAAAAUAUGGGCAUUCCAAGGACACCGAAUGCAAUAAAAUGU